UCUCAGCUGUGGAGCAAAACAAACAGUGCUUCGCUCAGCUGUAGGCGUCGUCAGGCGUAACAACCUCGUUAAAUCUUUACUGCACUGCAAUAUUUCGGCAUGGACACAUACUUCUGUAAUUAGCCAGUGCAAUAUUGUACCUGAUAACCUCCCUAGCAUCACCCAUCAAGCCUAUUUUUAGGCACGAAAGCACAAGGCAGGUCAUUUUGAGGUCACAAGAAGACAGCUGAUUAGAACGAUAAUGGAACAUGAAUGACUGUCAGCUGAGGAUAAGAAAGACAAAAUCGAAUGUGAACACUGCGGAAAUUAUUGUGGAGAAUAAUGAAAUGAAAGGAUACUGUUCUGGUUAAUCACUUCAGCCUCACUUACUAAGCCUGCAUCUCACCACGAAGACAUAAGUCAGGUCACUUUGAGAUUUCCGGGCGAGAUUAUCAGUUGAUUAGAGUGAUAAUGUAACACAAACAUUAGGCAGCAGAGCACAAGACGAGAUCAAAUGGUGAACACAAUAAGCGUGGCAAGAUUAUAAGAAACGGGUCUUAACUUACUGGAGCAACUCAUAAUAGUGGAUAUGACACACGUCCAGCACUCGGCCGGGCUCUUCAUUGCCUCGCCUCGCCCUCACUUGUGCCCGCUGUUUCAAGUUUUGUGGUAGUGUAUUUGAUGGUUUUUUACCCUCCAUUCUUGAGAAGACCAAUAGUAACACCUGUCCUUUGGACACCUCCACAUUCUUUCAGAGUUCCAUUCUAGCUAGCAGUGUAUUUGUCCAUCAGCAGGUGCCAGAACACAAUGGGAGACAAAAUGUUGGUGUUAUCCUGGAAGUACCAUAAUGUCACCUUCUCAAACAUUAUCUCAAAGUUCCGAGACAAGGGCAAUUACAGUGAUGUAACAGUGGCAUGUGAGGGGAAGUUCUACCCAGCCCACAAGCUAGUGCUGGCAGCUUGCAGUGAGUACUUUGAGGACAUGUUCCAGCAUACUGCUUGCAAGCACCCAAUUGUUGUGCUAAAGGACAUCACAGCCAAGAACCUUGAAGCAUUGCUCAGCUACAUGUACUCAGGUGUGGCCAACAUCUCCCAGGAUGAAUUGGCCAGCCUCAUCCGUGCUGCCGAGUCCCUGUGCAUCAAGGGUCUGGCUGUGCCGGAUGACAGCAUGAAUGACUCAACUGAAGUGGCUGCUUCAGCCACCACCACAUGUGCUGCUGCUGCUACCACCAAACCCAAGCGCAGGAAAAAAGAACGCUGCAGUGACAGUGCUGCAUCUCAGGAUGAGGACUGUUGUGAGGUGGAGGAAAGCAGUACAGCAGGGGAAUGUCAGGAAAUAAUUGGUAGUACUGAGAAGGUGAGGGGCACUAACAACAGUGGCAACAUCUCAGAGCCUCCCUUGCUGCUGCCUUCUGCCUCCCCAGCACAUAACACUGAAGCCUUUGCAUGCACUCCAAGUGUGUCCUUUAAGAGUGCUCUGGAGGAUGUGGUGGUAAAGGAGGAACUUCCUGAGCCUAGUCCUGGCCUAUGCUAUGAUGGCCAGCUGGAUUGUGGCCCUGAUGGCUUUCUUCCUGCAGCCACUACUACGGGUCUAACAGGGGGAGUGGGAACCAGCUCACAGUCACAGAAUUAUCUGUGUCCCAUGGAAGGAAAUGGAGGAACAGUGCCUGGUCUACAACAGCAGCAGCAGCAACCACAACUACCACCACUACCUCAGCAACACCUGCCUGAUGCAGGCAUGGCAGGUUCCUCGGGAAUUUCUCAGAGCCUUCAUGAGACCGAUGGGUGUUAUGAUGGCUUUCCCAACCUUGAUAGCCUUAACUGUGAGGGACAAGUGGAGCUGUACAAUCAGUUCAACUUACAAACAACUCCAUUUCACCUGCCCCAACUUGGCAUGGAUGGAGGACGCAGGGGAAGGGCACCAAAGUUGUUAGGUGGUGCUGGGAGGGGAGGCAGACCCCGCUCCCUCAAGGUCCACCGCUGCACCCACUGCAGCUACUCUACCCCCUGGCACUCUGUCUUUGUCAGGCACUGCCGCACCCACUCAGGAGAGAAGCCCUUCAUCUGCUCCUUCUGUCCCUUUCGCUCCAGUCGCAAGAGUGUUAUCAAGAGGCACUGUCUUAGCAAACACUCAUGAAUCCACCCCUACAGACAUUGAGACUGUGUAUUCCCUUUACUUCACACCAAAUCUGACAUAGUAAUUUUGCAACCUGAGGAUACACAAUGGUGAUGCUUCCAACCACUGAUUGCCUAAGUAUUCAUGUUUUUCCUUCAAAUGUGCAGCAGACUGAGACUUUAUUAUCAAUCAAAACUUAGUUAUUUUGAAGAUUUGUACAUGUAUAAUCCAGUAUCUUGUAAGUAAGCUUAGGGUCUGGUAAAGUGUAAAGUCACUUUGCUACAUGCCUUAAAACACAUUUAAAAAAUGUAGGAAUACAUUAACAAAUUAGCUAAUAACAACAACACACAUUGACAGUGAUACAGUUUGUGACUGCAAGUGGCAAAACUUCUAUCUCAAAGUUGGUGAAACAAUAUAGUGCCUCCCCCUC